AUGUGUCGCCUCUUACGCGGUCUUGAAAAAAAGUCGCUCUUAAUACCUCAAGAAGACACAGAAAGUCCGGAAAACGCCCUCAGAGUAUAUUCAGAUGUCCCAGACCAUGUGGAUAGACAAAGAGCACAGUUGGCUUAUGAAGCGGCUUUAAAAGAUGGAUAUGUACAAGUUUACCGUGGGCGUAUUAUACUGGUUGGUCAGGAUCGCACUGGUAAAACCAGUUUGAAGAAGAGUCUUUUAGGCCUUCCAUUUGAUCCUAAACAACAGAGUACUAAGGGGAUUGAAGUGGAUCCUUCGAAAUGUGAAAUUGAUGUUGACCAAGCUGUCAAGAACUGGCAGUUGACCAGGGAGAGUAAACCAGGACUAUUGGAAUGUUCAAAAGAUUUAGCAAAGAUUGUGGUUGGCAGAAUGUGUGGAGCAGAUAUUUCUCAAUUUUUAAAGGAAGAGACAACUGAAGAAGGAGAACUGGAAUUAGAAGAUGAGGUUGAGGAUGUUUUCAAGUCAAAGCAGGUUGAGGAAGAUGAAGGUUUCACGGACAUUCUGCAAAACAGUGGCAAUGAACAUUCUACUGAAUGUAAAGUUGAAAACAUGCAAGCUGAGCCUGAUGUGAUGAUUGAUGUUUCUCAACCGCCUGAUACUGAGGAGCAUGUUUAUCAGUGGUUGGAGUAUGCUCAGGGGAAACCUUUCAAAAGUGCUUUAUUGACAGAAGAACCCUAUGUUACAAUGGACGUGUGGGACUUUGCAGGGCAGCACUUGUACUAUGCUAGCCAUCCUAUCUUCUUAUCACAGCGAGCUCUCUACAUAUUGGUGCACAAUCUCAGCAAGCCUUUGGAUGAUCCAGCUGAACCCUGUGUGAGACAAGGAAGUAAUGAUGUGAAAUUGGAAAACCCUAACAAUGAAACAAACAUGGAGAAUUUGCUCUCAUGGUUGGCUACAGUACAUAGUGUUGCCCUGGCAACCGAUGACACAGAUGAUGAUGCACAACACAAGCUGCCCUACCUCCGCCCCCCAGUGUUCAUUGUUGGCACACAUGCUGACAAACCAGUCAAAGACAUAGCAGCAAUAAAGAAACAAAUUAAGGAGAGAAUUUCUGGUAUGGAAUAUGAGAGACAUGUGGUCAGACCUCUAUUCUGUAUUGACAACACAAGAUCACAGCAACUAAACUUUAUUAAGAAAUUUAUCCAGAAGAUUCGAAAGCAGAGAAAAAAGCAUAAAAAAUGUAAGAUGUUUGCCUUUAUGUUGUAUCCUUUGUUAUAUGUUUCUUAAGUAAUUGAUGACUGUAUAUAUGCAUUAUUG